AUGAUACAGAGCGGCAGCCUUAGACGCAGCGCGCGCCUUGCAGCUCUCGGGCAGAAGCGACGUGGCCGUCGCUGGAUUGGCAUCAUAUACCUGCCCCCGGAACUGCGACAAAUGGUCGUGCGCGAACUCAUUCACGCGGCAAAAGGACCCGAGGUGUACGUGGGUAAAGGCAGUCGCCUUCCGGUGCUGAUGGAACCCAUCAUCGAUACCCGCAGCGUACCACUUUUCCACAGCUCAGUCACCGACACCAUGGAAAUCGGCUUUCCCCGUGACUAUUCGCAUUUGCCUACCCACCAUGAACAGAGCUGGGCCCCGGCUUAUCGCAAACUCCGACCACUGAUGGCUUGCAAGGGCCUCUAUUACGAAGCGACCGCUAUUUUCUUCCGAGAGAAACAUUUUGUUCUGGGCAGAAUCCUACUGAAGCCAGAGGUUGGGCGGUCCUUGGAGGCCGCGAGCCUCGUGGACAGUUUGCCAAAUCCUGGAAUCAACCCAAGGAAGAAUGUGAACUCAACUGACAAGAGAUCCAAAGGCUCCACCUAUGCGCAUGCGUGGCUCCGACGGAUCGGCCAGCGGAAUCAAGUCAACCUUCGAAAUAUCCGACUGAAGAUACAUAAAGAGUUAACGUCCACAGGAGGCCUCAACGCUAGCGGUAGUCUCUGGUUCGAAGUUCUCAAGAAGCUCGCACGCUCAGCUCGUGAUCUCAGGGUCCUCGGCUUCCAAUUCGAUGAUGAUGUUGACCUUUGGCGAUGCUCCUUGUUGCGUUCUUUCCUGCGAAUGAAGAGUUUUCAGAGACUGGAUCAGAUUGACUUCUUCCACUGCCUCCUUCCAUCGAGGAUAAGGUCAGAGGAGUUCCUGGCCAUGAUUGCCACAUCAACAGGCUGCGCCUCCAUCCGCUGUUUAGAGCUUUCUGACACGGAAGAGAGAGGAUUUAGACUCAUUCGGAGAGCCUCCCAUGGCAACAACGGACAGAUACUUUUAUCAGAAGAGAUUUAG